AUGUCCGACUCCGACAGCGACAACUCCACAGCAGAGGAGCCAGAGUACGAAGUUGAGAGGGUUCUCUAUCAGUCUGAACGCAAUGGCAAACCUAUCUAUCUCGUCAAGUGGGUGGGUUAUGGUGAUGAGCAAUGUACUUGGGAGCCUGCCGAAAGCUUUUUAACAGAGGCAACUCUGACAGACUGGGAGCGACAGCGCGAUGCUCAUGAUUAUCUGGACGAGGAAGAGCUUGCAAUGGUACAAGCGCGAAUGAACGAUUUCCAAGCAUCAGAAGCGCGGAAAGAAGCGCGGGCAAAGCGUCGCGAGGCGUUGAAACGAAUGUCUCGGCAGGCUUCGAAUCGGUCGUCUAGUCGUACGCCAAAAUCCGAGUCACCAGAUUCUCUGUCCACGACGAAGCGACCACGGCGAUCUUCACCACCCGUAAUCCAACCGAAAGCCAAGCGGCCACGGUUAUCUGGCUCACCGACUGUGAAGGAGGAACCUUCGGAAGCCCCCGGAGUGCUAGACGCGGUUCCUGCAGAGCGGCCACGUCCACCAAAUCCCAUGCUGGCCAAAACAGGCUCCGCCCAGGUGAAAUCGAUGCAAGUCCGUGCAAAGCCGCCUCCCAUUACGACAACGAAUCCAGAAAAGCACUACACACCUUCCGCUCCACUACCGUUGGCGCAAAACGACAUUGUUCCCCACCCACUCCCUGCGGCGGAGCAUGGAGGAGCAAAUAGUCAGACCAAUACAGGACCCCAGCAAAGUAAAACUAGUGCGAUGCCGAUGCUCAGACCCAAACAGAAAACGCACUCUGGCCCGAACACCUCGGCCGUUACAAAACAGACAGGGAAUGUUCCUUCUGCAUCGAUAGCAACAAAUGCAGAAGAUGCCAAAGCAGGGAAGAGGUUCAGAAGUUUGAGACAGAAGAAUCAGGCUGUAAAACUAGCAGGUCGAGAACCCGCACCAGACAUAUCAAAACUGGAUCUAAGAGAACCAGACGCUUGGUCUGUGUCCGGAAGCAUAGAGCCCGCAUCCAAAAUUCAAGAUGCUACUCCAAAACAUGGACCCGAGGGCUCUCCCCUUUUUGUUCCGGAAGACAAUGAGACGGAGCUGCUUCAUGUCGACAAUCAGCAGACGCUGGAAGAAUACUCUAAGCGUCCCAAUCAGAGCAUACAUGGCGAUUCACCACUGCUGGCCAUGGGGUCAUUGCCAAGCAUCCCGACAGCGCCCUCUGCGCCAGAGGAUCCAGCUGCAAACCAGGACUCAUCGAAGAGUCCUCGCAGAAACUCCUUGACCGAGAGGCGACCUUCAAGCGUCAGGGCCAAGUCUCGCGAUUCGAUACCGUCCGCGGCAGCAGGUGUUCCAGCUGCAAAUGAGGGCCCAACAAAGAGUCCUCGCAGAAACUCCUUGACCGAGAGGCGACCUUCAACUAUUAGAGCCAAGUCCCGCGAUUCGAUGCCGUCCGCGGCACCAAUAACCCCAUACGCUGAGAGACGGCCACCCGUCUCCCGCCCACGCUCGAACAGUGCAAAUGUUCUCCCAGCGCCGAGGGAUGAUUAUGCUGUCCUCUGUUCAACGGCCGUGGACAUAUCAGCUGUUCAGUCACGGCCUGUAGAUGGUUCCCUCAAACUUAGUUCGUCCAAAGACUCGAUGACUUCAAGAUUUGACCGAAUGACUGCGAGGACCACAAGUCUCGGACAGAAAAUUAAUCUUGAUGUUUUUCUACGAUUUCAAGACCACGAUGUAGGUAUUGUGACAUUGGUUGACUUACCGGGGUGGUUGGCUGGCAAACUUCGAGGCACCGCAAAAGACAUCGGCAGACAUAUUCCGACAAUUGAGUUCAAACACAAGUGGGUUAUGAACGCACAGCAAUACUCUAGAUUUUCUUUAGACCUACACUGGCAGCAGCACGGAACGUUCUCAGUCCAGGCUCAAGGUGACAAGCGGCGAGCAAUAGAAGAUCUAUGCAAAUAUCUGGAAGAGAAUGACUUGGCUGCAGUCUGGGAAUAUCCUCAAACCCGGAAUAGUCUCGUCCUGAUUCUGCACUCAAGUCGAGCUCCUGGAUGGGGAGAUUCGGGGGAAGAGGCGGUUAACGAAUCUGAAAACGCUUUGAAGUUUGUUGUCCGCAAUAAGCUACCUGGGAUCUAUCUGGAAAAUGAUCGAGACGACCUACCCUCGGCCAGCGAACAAGAUACAGGAUUGCCAAUAACUGCGACUCAAUCCACACGGCCUCCACUUCGAACCUCCAUAACAUGGCAUGCAGGCGCGUGGCGGCAGAACCCAGUCGAACUACCAGCAUUAACAACAACAUCACCAAUGUUGGCAAACUUGGGUACGGAUUCGGUGCGCUCCCAUGUCCAGAGCCCAGUCGAACUAUCAGCAUCAAAAACGACGACACCGACAACAACGUUGGCAAAGACGGGCACGGGCUUGGUGGGCUCUCAUGUGCAGAGCUCAGUCGAAUCUCCCAUAUCAGCACCAAGGGCAGCAACAACAACGGCAGAUGAAGGUGCAAGUUCAGCGCAGGAUGGUGCGUCAAUCGGUAAAACAUCCCCAUCUGGACGACCGACGGAUGACCCGACUGCCAAACCACCUGCGAUAGAGCGAUUGGCGUUCCCCGUCAGUUUCGACGAGUUGUUUGGUAAGGGGGAUAGAUUACAACGCAGGCCACGGGUAUUUAUAUGCUUUGGGAAGACUCACCCAGCCGAAGCUCGAGCAGUGAAAGAAUGGCUGCAUACGCAUUUGAACCCGCGUCAGGUGUUCAUUGAUUCGGAGACGGACGACUGGGACGAGUUUCGAGAAGCUCUCACCACCAAGGCUGCCGCUAUACUAUUUCACGAGGAGCACAAAGCAUACUGCGAUCUCCCCCAUUUCUACAAAGUGCUCCGGUCUGGAUAUAUCUUCUGCUACGAGCUCCCCUUCUCAUCCCCGCCCCCAUCCCGCCAGCUAAAAGAUCCCAGACUUGACCAGCGAAGUCCUUGGCCGAGACUCUUUCCGCGGGGGAUGGUCUUGUGCAUCACAGAAGACACUGUUAUUCGUCAUCCGCAAGAGACGUCGUGGGUAUUGGAGUGGUUCCUGCUGCGAAUACGAUUGGACCCGAGAAUGCCAUCUUGGAGGCUGGCACUUUUCCCUGACAUCACUUCCUGGCUCUUGCGGAGGCUGAAGGAAAGCCGUGAUGGAACACCAGACGAGUACGUCAAGAUCGUUAAAGCCAUCAAUCAACUAAACCUGCUGUCCUUGGAAGCGUCAUGGAACAUGAACAAAAGUCGUGCUAUUUUGAACCCUGAUGAAUUCGCCCACGCCCGGCCCUGGGACCAGAGCUCCGAUUUGAUCCAGUCGCCCUCAGCAUUGCCAGUCUUUGGCGAUUGGAACAGUGCGGACUUUGAUGACAAGGCUGUCAAAGCACGGGACAAGACAUUAGUUGAAUGGUUCGUCGGGUGGACGGCGGCGAAUGCGCAUCUCUAUCGGAGAUUCUUUGUUCUAGAUUCCACCCACAGCAAUGAAACAGAACCCCAUUCGUGGCACGUUUGCUUCCGAGAAGCCACGUCGUUCGUGGAAGACGAGAAGAAGAAGAACGAGGAAGAGGUGAAGCGGGGAGAAAAGGGUGAGAACCGGGCUUGA